AUGACUGAAAAGACAAUAAUACACCCGAGUGCGGUUGUGGAUCCAAAGGCGACCCUUGGAAAAGGUGUUUCCAUAGGGCCGUUUUGUUGUGUAGGGCCUGAUGUAAUCUUAGGAGACCGUGUUAAACUGGUCUCUCAUGUGAGCCUGGAUGGAAUUACUUCCAUUGGUGAUGAUAGCAUUGUUUAUCCUUUUGCUUCCCUUGGUCAUCCUCCUCAGGAUUUAAAAUAUUCAGGGGAAAAAUCCCAAACAAUUAUUGGAAAACGGUGCCGUAUUCGAGAAUAUGUGACGAUCCAACCCGGAACAAAAGAUGACCGAAUGAAGACUGUUGUAGGCGAUGACUGCUUGCUUAUGGUUGGGGCACAUAUUGCCCAUGAUUGUAUUAUUGGGAACUAUGUUGUGAUGGCGAAUAAUGCAACUCUUGCGGGUCAUGUAGAAAUUGGUGACUAUGCGAUUAUUGGGGGAUUGGCUGCAGUACACCAAUUUGUUCGUAUUGGUCCUUACGCUAUGAUUGGGGGAACAGCUGCCAUUGCAAACGAUGUUAUCCCUUAUGGUUUUGUGAAAGGGGAUCAUUCUGCUUUGGAUGGCCUAAAUCUUGUGGGGAUGAAACGACGUGGCUUAGGGCGUGAUGAAAUUGUGCGUCUACGCCAAGCUUAUAGAAACAUCUUUGAGGAUCGGGUUCAGCCUUUGGCAGAUCGUGUUGAUGCGGCACGUAAGGAAUUUGCUAACGACAGUCGUGUGGUAGAAUUAACAGAUUUUAUCGCCAAUGCGGGGCGUCCUUUAUGUUUACCAAAAGUGGAAUCUGAGCAAAUUGAUAAUGCGGCAGCAUAA